AUGGGCGACGCGUCAUUUGGGGGUUGCAGAAGAGUAACGACUGGCUGUUGUGGCGGUCAUAGUGCUGCCAGGAAUCGCGCGGUGCAGUUGUCGACACCCAUUGGUCUACUGCAGGUACAUCAUGCAGGUGUUUCCUUCUCCACUGCCGACAAACUGCAGACAGCAGCAUGUGAUGAAGGAAUAUGCAGACCAUGGAAGCCCCACUCAAGUCUGACCCAGCCGCUACCAUUAUUUUUCAACUGA